GUCAGUUCGUUGGUUCCCUCCCUCCCCGGGCGCGCUCGGGCCGCCGCUGCGCUCCCCGCCCUCGAGCCGCGGUGCCGGAGCCGCCUGCCGCCGGAGGAGGAGGUGGAGGAGCCGCAGGGGCCCGCCGAGGCGGCGGCGGCGGCGGCAAGAUGGCGGACUUCCUGCCGUCGCGGUCCGUGCUGUCCGUGUGCUUCCCCGGCUGCGUGCUGACAAGCGGUGAGGCCGAGCAGCAGCGCAAGUCCAAGGAGAUCGACAAAUGCCUGUCGCGGGAGAAGACCUACGUGAAGCGGCUGGUGAAGAUCCUGCUGCUGGGCGCGGGCGAGAGCGGCAAGUCCACCUUCUUGAAGCAGAUGCGGAUCAUCCACGGGCAGGACUUCGACCAGCGCGCGCGCGAGGAGUUCCGCCCCACCAUCUACAGCAACGUGAUCAAAGGUAUGAGGGUGUUGGUGGAUGCCCGUGAGAAGCUUCAUAUUCCUUGGGGAGAUAAUGAAAACCAGCUCCAUGGAGACAAGUUGAUGGCAUUUGACACCCGGGCCCCCAUGGCUGCCCAGGGAAUGGUGGAAACGCGGGUGUUCCUGCAGUAUCUGCCGGCAAUCCGAGCUUUAUGGGCGGACAGUGGCAUACAGAAUGCCUAUGACCGCCGUCGAGAGUUCCAGCUGGGUGAAUCUGUAAAAUAUUUCCUGGACAACUUGGAUAAACUUGGAGAACCAGAUUACAUUCCAUCACAACAAGAUAUUCUGCUUGCCAGAAGACCCACCAAAGGCAUCCAUGAGUACGACUUUGAAAUUAAAAAUGUUCCUUUCAAAAUGGUUGAUGUAGGUGGUCAGAGAUCAGAAAGGAAACGUUGGUUUGAAUGCUUCGACAGUGUGACGUCAAUACUUUUCCUUGUUUCCUCAAGUGAAUUUGACCAGGUGCUUAUGGAGGAUCGACUGACCAAUCGCCUUACAGAAUCUCUGAACAUUUUUGAGACAAUCGUCAAUAACCGGGUUUUCAGCAACGUCUCUAUAAUACUCUUCUUAAACAAGACAGACUUGCUUGAGGAGAAGGUGCAAAUUGUGAGCAUCAAAGACUAUUUCCUAGAAUUUGAAGGGGAUCCACACUGCUUAAGAGACGUCCAAAAAUUCCUGGUGGAGUGUUUCCGGAACAAGCGCCGGGACCAGCAGCAGAAGCCCUUGUACCACCACUUCACCACUGCUAUCAACACGGAAAACAUCCGCCUGGUUUUCCGUGACGUGAAGGAUACUAUUCUUCACGACAACCUCAAGCAGCUUAUGCUACAGUGAUGUACAGAAGACUUGCAAUUUUAAUACUCUUGUGUUUUUGAUUGUUUUCUGUUUGUUUUGUUUUUUAAAAUAGCAGUUUACAACAGGAAUUAGAAAAAAAUCUCAAUUCUGUGUUUAACUUCUUGGAAAUCUUAGUCCUUCUGCUGCCUUUUGUUUGUGGCUGAAAGCUGCCGCCUAACACAUUGCCAAUAUCUGCUGGAAUUUAGGCUUUGAUCAGUUUCACCAUGGCUUCCAUUCCUGGUCAACUUCAGACUAGGUGUAUUUCAGGAUUUAAAUUCUUGUACCUUUCAAACUGAAUUCUGUAAUGCCAAGUACAGACAGUAUCCUUAAAUACAUGUAGGAAUGAGGUUAGGAGUAUUCAGCUCUAGAACAAGUAAGCGGUCUUCAGUCUGCCUCACACAGAGCAGUGACACGCACUGCCUAGCUCCAGGGGACCCCUAUUCUGAAAGGGCUGCAGUCUGCAGAUUAUACAGAUUUAGCCUUCAUGUGUUUAUAAUUGCUUAUAUACAUAGCAGUUGUUUUCUUUUUUAUUUCUUUGUUUUCUGAAGGUAAUAUUCUUAGUGUUUUAAAGUUUACAUAAGGAUUUCUGGUCUGAUGCAAAUGAAUUCAGAAAUGGUACUGGGGAGCAAAAGACAAGCAAAUGUUAUAUAUUGUACUUUGAUCAAAAGUAAAGAUGAAAUACGAUUUGCCUUUUUCAUAUUUAUCAUGUCAUUUGAUGUGCCAUAUGCGAAACAUUUUGGCCAUAGUUGCAACUCAAAACUGCAAGCACCUUGGUAAUAGAAAUAAACACGUGUUCAGAAUGUCACGUGUGUUGCUUUUCAGUCCUGUUAGUCCAUUUUGCACCUGACUGGAGGAACCACUAGUGCAUCUUCACCUUUCUUUUGCUCUCCUGUCCCAAUCCCAGCAACUCCACACUGGCAUUUAAGGGGUUGUUUAUUUGGAGCUUGCCAAAGGGAAUAUUUUCCUGUCAGAUUAUUCGAGAAGGCAUUGUUGAGAUUCCUAGUCAUUCUUGGUGUGUCUCUGGAGAAACAGUAUGUACAUGUUUGUACACUUCCUGUCUGUGAGAUGCCAGCUUUAUUGAGGUACAUUUUAAAUGUUUGAAGAAUGCUUCUAAAGAUAGAUGGUAAUUUUUGUGUUUGCAGACUUGACCUCCUCCUACUGCUUACCAAAUUGAACCAUGCCUGUGUGAUUACAGAUACAUUCAUAGUGACCUCAGUAGAGUAGCUGGCUUGCAGUACUAAAAGUGCCACCUUGUAGGUUAAAUGAGUGUUAAAAUUGAAUUGGAGAUACACUUGUUUAAGGCUGGUGACAAUUUGCAAAGUGUGACAGCUUUUCUGCUUUUCCUGAAAAUUGUGAUUAAGACUGUGAUAUCUGUCACUUUACUGUGUAGCUGUGUUCUCAGGUAUUCUAGUGGUCAAUAUUGGGGAUCACCCAGCCUUUCCAAGACAGUAGCUCUUGCUCUGUCCUUCUGUGAGGUGUGGGGCUGGGCCUUUCAUUGGGCUAACCAGGGAUUGUUCUCAACUUACCUGAUUUGUCUUGCGUUGAAGUUUUACUGUCAUUAAAUCCAUGUAAAUUCCAGUGUUUUCGUGCUUUGUAAUACGUGAGCUUCAGACACCAUCGUGCAGGUGUUCAUAGUGUAAUUCGUGCAUGUCUGAAUAGUUCCACAUCUUGCCAAAAAGAAUCCAUUGUUUGAAUUCGUGGAGUUAGCAUAACUCCAGAACCAGUGAGUAUCUGAAUAUGUGCACAGUGAUAUUUGGUUUGUUCCAUGGAGAGUCUACAUGUAAAAUUAGCAAAUAAUUUUAUUGAAUGACCAAGACAUUUAACUCCAGUGAAGGCUAAAAUCAGUUCUCUAUAGUUAGUUUUAUUUAUCUUUAAACUCUGUGAUAGGAGCCAAAGGUAUUACCUGACAACAGAAAUCACCAAGUUU